AUGGUUUUGAAACGGUUUUCCCUACUCCUCACUUUAUUUUCGCUUUCUUUCCGUUCUCGUCAUGUCCACGUACUCUUUAUUGGUUUCCUCCCUCACCCUUAUAGAAAAAACCAGAAGAAGAAGGAGACAGGUUUGAGCAUUUCCUACAAGAAGAUGGAGAAUUUCUCUGAGUGGUAUUCGCAGGUCAUCGUUGCUUCCGAGCUGAUCGACUACUACGAUGUUUCUGGAUGCUACAUCUUGCGACCUCUGGCUUACAACAUUUGGGAGCGUAUCCAAGAGUUCCUGGACGCCAAGAUCAAGGCCAGCGGUGUGAAGAACGCCUACUUCCCCAUGUUCGUCUCUCGUGGUGCUCUCGAGAAGGAGAAGGAGCACGUGGAAGGCUUCGCCCCCGAAGUGGCGUGGGUGACGCGCAGCGGUUCCUCAGAGCUGCAAGAGCCGGUCGCGAUUCGCCCCACCUCGGAGACCAUCAUGUAUCCAGCGUAUGCUCGCUGGAUCCGCGGCCACCGCGACCUGCCCCUGCGUCUGAACCAGUGGACGAACGUCGUGCGCUGGGAGUUCAAGCACCCCACGCCGUUCAUCCGCACGCGCGAGUUCCUCUGGCAGGAGGGCCACAGCGCGUUCGCGACGAAGGAGGAGGCGGAGAAGGAGGUGCUGGAGAUCCUGGACUACUACGCGCGCGUGUACGAAGAGCUGCUGGCGGUGCCCGUGAUUAAAGGCCGCAAAUCGGAGAAGGAGAAGUUCGCGGGCGGCCUCUACACGACCACCGUCGAGGCCUUCAUCCCCGCUAACGGCCGCGCCGUCCAGGCCGCCACGUCGCACUGCCUCGGCCAGAACUUCUCUCGGAUGUUCGGCAUUUCCUACGAGACCGACUCUGGCGAGCGGAAGCUGGUCUGGCAGAACAGCUGGGGCCUGACGACGCGCUCGAUCGGGGUUUUGAUCAUGGUGCACGGCGACGACCGCGGUUUAGUGCUGCCUCCGCGCGUGGCGCCCAUCCAGGCGGUCAUCGUCUAUUUCCACAACUCCAAGACCUCCGAGGCCGACGUCGACCGUCUCCGCCGCGCCGCACGUGACCUCGGCGAGCGGCUGCGCGCGGCGGGGCUGCGCGUGGAGGUGGAUUCCCGCGAGAACUACAACCCCGGCUGGAAGUUCGCCGACUGGGAGCAGAAGGGCGUGCCGCUGCGCAUCGAGCUGGGUCCGCGCGAUUUAGACGCGCAGCAGGUCGUCUUCGCGCGCCGCGACGACCUGACUCCCGCGGGGAAGCGCACGGUGGCGUGGGAGAAGAUCGAGGAGGAGGCGAGGGAGGCCCUGGAGACGAUCCAGGCGGCGCUGCUGGAGAAGGCGCGGCGCGAGCGCGAUUCGCACAUCCGCGCGGUGAGCACGUGGGCGGAGUUCCAGGCCGCGCUCGACGGAAACAUGGUGCUGGCGCCCUGGUGCGAGCGCAUCGAGUGCGAGGAGGAGGUCAAGCGGAGGACGGCGCCCGACACGAAGGAGAAGAAGGCCGCCGGCGAGGCGCCCGCGCUGAGCGGGUCGGCGAAGACGCUGUGUCUGCCCUUCAACCAGGAGCAUCUGCCCGAGGACGCGAAGUGCUUCUGCUGCGGAGAGAAGGCGACGGCGUUCGCGUUGUGGGGAAGAUCGUACUAAGCAUGG